GACGCGUGUGACGUCACAGCUCUCAAGCGGAGUCGAAAAUGGCGGAGCGUCGCCUGGCGUGCUGACCCGGUUUUCACACAGCAGUCAAAAUGGAUGGAGAACUUCUGUCUCUGAAGUGGAACAACCACAGGACCACCUUCUAUCAUGUCAUCAGUGGUCUCCGCAAUAAGGAGACGUACACUGAUGUGACGUUGGCAUGUGAGGGCAAGUUCUACCCCGUCCAUAAACUGGUUCUGUCUACGUGUAGUGAAUACUUUAGUGAUAUUUUUGAACGUACUCCCUGUAAAAACCCCGUGGUGGUUUUAAAAGACAUACAGUGCCGUGAUAUAGAGUUCUUACUAGACUAUAUGUACAUUGGUGAAGUGAACGUGAGACAGAAUGAACUCUCAUCCCUAAUAAAAGCGGCCGAAUGCCUAAGAAUCAAAGGGUUGGCGGUGCCGGACGAGGAGCCAAAGAAGGCCUUCAGUAAUAGUGUUAGUACAAGUGGAGUGCAACAGAGUGCGAGGCAACGGCCCGAACAGCCCAGUCCGCCGGCCAAGAGACGGAAGGCGGACGACCGGCGGGCCACCUCCAUAGGAACAGAACACAGCCCAGGCAGACCCCCGGGAGACCCCGCGCCCGCCAGCCCAGAUCGCCAGAGCCAUCCCCAGCACCAGCACUCGAGCACUGCAGACUUGGGCAGCGCGAGAGAACAGACGGAACAGCAGCAGGGCGGCGACGUGAGCACGGACAUCCCAACGGUACAAAUAAAGGUCGAACAAGACAACUUCGAAACCACCGGCCAAGACGACUACACCUCGGUUCAAAGCAACAGCUAUGACGACGGGGGAGGGGACGACGGGGAUGGCCCCCAGGGGUCCGAAGGUAACACCAACGAGUUCCCAGAGUUCCUCCAGUCGACGGUGGAAAAGGAAGAACCUGUGGCCAUGAGUGACUUUAACCCUAGUGAUUUCCCCGGGCCUUCGGGUCUACAAAAUAGUGGUUUAGCAACUUGGGAAAGUGAAAAUAGUUCAACAAACUUUGCGGAAGGUCUGUCUGGGGCUGUUGCAGCUGCUGUUGCGGCAGCAUCCCAGCCUCAGCGACAGCAACAACAGUUGGGGUGUGACGCGUCGCAGGGGCUUAGGUGUAGGCACUGCGGACUAUUGGCGAGGAACCCCUACCACCUACGGCAGCAUGUGAUGAUUCACACUGGGGAGAGGCCACUCAAGUGUAACCUUUGUCCAUACUCCUGCAUCAAGACUAAUGACCUUAAGAAGCACAUGGAUACACACACAGGGCAGAAGAGAUACCAGUGUCCCUUUUGUCCCCACCGUAGCGCAAGGCGGAACAGUAUGAGACUGCACAUUGCCAGCAGGCACAGUCAGUUAACUGAUGUCCACCCGAGGUCCUCCAGCCCUUGCGGUCAGAGCUCAGAGCACCUGGAACAGUCUCGCAGUUUACGGAGCCAAGCCGCCGCUGCCGCUGCAGUUGUGGCUUCUGCUUCUUCGCUCAGCCAGGGACACUUCCCUAGCCAGCAUUCCCCAAAUUAGAUUAAGGAGGGAAGUUUUAAUGCUUUUUAAACUGCUGAGGGAAUGUUGUGUGUGAUUUUUUGUAAAGGAAAAUUGUAAGAAAUUAUUUUUCAGCUAGCUUAUAGGUAAAAUUUUUCCUUGCUUUCUCUGUGGUAAAUGAAAUUGAAUAUGUAUAUAUUUUGAUUUUAGGUAGACUUCUUAAGUCAGAUAGUUAUUUUUAAACUGAAGAAAGUGCCAAUAAUGAGAUGUUUAUUGUUGUGAAAGAAGCCAAAUUAUUUUGAUAGAUCUUUGGUAUGACUUUCAUUUAUUUUGAAUUAUUUAUUUACUUAUUUUGUAUAUAUAUAUUUAUUUUUUAGUGCUGUCAUGCAUGUAGUCCAGUUAAGGCCCGGUCUUUGAGGAAGAGUCCAUGUGUGGCCCAGAGUACUGUAGGAAACAAAUGAUGCAAUAAUGAAAGCAUGCCAGGGUAGCAUUGUAAUCUUUCAUUUUAAGCUUUUUUUUCCUUCUGUAAGCUGAGAGAUGAAUAUGUUGACAUUGCUGAUACAUGUAGGCCAACACAUAUUAAAAGAUCAGAGACUUAGGGAUAAUGGCACACGGACUUUGCCGUCUGUAGUAGAAACCAUUUACAAACAGGGAUUGGAAGAUCAAAUAAAUUCUCUUCUUUUUUCCCCUUACAUAUCUUAACUGUUUACCUGUAUCUAUUGUAAGAGUCAAAUAUCUGUCUACAUCUUUGUUAUUGUUAAUAUUUUUUUUUAUGUCCCAUUCUAUGUUCAUAUAUAUUUCUCUUUGUCUCUCUUAUUUCUGAUAUGUCAGCUGUAUUUCUGGUAAUAGGUUCAGUGUGUGAAAAGUUAUUUGACUUGUGCUAAGACAUGAGAUUUGGUCGUGGCAAAGGUGUAACUGCAUGAAAGCUGGUAAUGGGUAAGAGGCAUUUAUUGUUGCAGAUGAUUUAGAACUGUUUUUGUAAUUUUUUUAUCACAUUGUGUAAGUGAUAAUUUCUGUUGGACUUUCUAAAUGUUAGUAGACCACCUAUCCCGCCCCCCCCCAUUGUUUUGUGGAACUUGAUAUUUAAUUUUAAACUGAUUAAUUGAUACUUGAUUUUGAAUAUUUUUUGUUGGUUAAUAUAUCAUGCAGUCAAGUUGACCAUGAAAAAAUAAGAAUUUUUGUGGGAUAAAACACAACUCCUGACGGGAUUAUUUUUCAUUUUAUUCUUUUCCCUCAAAAUGCUAUAAUUGUAGAGCCUCAAAAUUGAUUGUAAGACAGAUUUAUGCCCAAAGUUUUAAUCAGCACUUUCAUGAAAAAUUUUCUUGGUUAUCUCUGUAAUUUUAAAGAAAGACAAAUGUUCAGAUGGUCUGUCUCAUGUAGAUUCUGUUUCCCAGUUCACCAAAGCGAGCUUGAUAGCUUGAUUUCCUCUCUCUGUAUUAACCUGACACUGACGGGUAUCAGAAAUCUCUGGUGAUUUCUGGUAAAGUCCAGACACUAGGCACGGGAGUCAAGUAACAGAACUUCCUGUUCUACGCGCUCUGGUGUGUUGCUGCAUGUACAGCUGUACCCCGCAGACCAAGCGGUAUGUUAUGAUGCUUGUACAUGUGACCUGUCUGUAAAGGGUUAAGAGUGGACAUCCCUAUAUUAACCUAUUGGAUCCGGUUGCAUCAUGGCGAUCACAUGACCAAAAAUCCUAGCAUUAGGCUUAUGUGAGUGGCUGCUCUGCUGGGUGGCGGCUUGUAGGCUGGGCGCACAUGAAUGUGUGACAAGACUCUAUGCUUCGUAUUUGCAAAGUUAUUUCCUCUUUUUAAGCAUAAGUGGUUUAGCUUCUUGGCCAUUUUCCAUUGUCCAUCUUUGCCAUUCGAGUUGCAUUAUCCAGGUAAUAAUAGAUUUUUCUUUGUACAGACUCCAUAUCCUCUCUAGGUAGUCUACAACUCUGUGCAAGAAAAAUAAAACUAUGUAACACUUUGUUAUUUGUGUAGUUUUUUUAAAUAUUUAGAUUAGAACAAUUCUUUAAAAGUUUUCUGUAAGACAACCUGUGUCGCUGGUCAUGGCGCCAGGAAUACGAUUACUGAGCAUGGAAAUGGCGUCCUCCAUGGAGCUAGUGCUCUUCCAGUCAUGGCUCACGGACAUUACAUUCCCUACUUUUACAUCGAUGGGAAUAAAGCAAAAUCACCAAAUUGAGUAAUAAACCUAAGAGGAUUGUGCACUCACAGUGAGUCUUCCACCACCCUGGCCUUCAGCAAAACUCCUAGCAGCAGGUUCAUGUCACCCAGCCUACAGCCAGAUUUUCCCAUGAUGGCAUGUUCACGUCACCUGCCCCUCGAGUCAGAUUUUUUCGUGACGUGACUAUAUGCAAGAGGCUAAGGGAUUCCAGCAAGUUGCAUUUGUGAUAUAUGCUAAUGCAUGAGUGAUUUUUUAGUUUGUAAAGUUUUAUCAUUAUUACUAUUAAUUUUUUUUAUUAUUAUUAUUUAUUAUUAUUAUUAUUAUGGUUAUUAUUAUUAUGUUAUUAAGUACCUUAAGUCAUGUUAAUAAGAAAAUCCAAUAGGACAUUUGAAUAUUGUGAAGAGUUAUUUUAAAUAAUUAAUUGUAUGAUAUCACAGAGGAGUCAAUGAUACAGUAUUGUCUUUCAGCUAUUCAUUGAGAAACUAAAUAAUCUUCUCACUGUCGAUUGUUCAUAAUUAGACAGUGUAAGCUUUUCUUGCAAAAUUCAACUCUGAAUUAGUUGUUAGGUAAUGAGCAAGUGAGGUUGUUUGUUUGUAUGUACAAAAAAUUUCUUGUAUUUGAUAUCCCAUCCUCAACCCAUUGUCUUCCUGUCAACUAAACUUUUGUUUUUUAAAAUGAACUCCAUUUUAUGAAAUCUUUCUGGCUUUUUAAUAAAAAUUGGACAGUUAUUGCAACUUGCACAAAAUGAGAUCUCAUUAUAUCUUGUUUAAAGAACUAUUUAUUUAUUUAUAUUUGGCACUUCUGAGGCAUUAAUACAUAGGUAGUUUCCUUAGGAUAGUUCAGUUGUUGCUGAUAUUUAAGAAAAGAAAAUGUAUUUUAUGUGCCAUAGUGUAAAAGCAAAGUAAAGGGCUUUUUAAAAGGAUUGACCAUUUUUUAAUAAUCCUUGGCAGGAGGAAGCACGCAAGUAUGUUACACUUUUAUUUUUUCUUGAAUUAGUCUUGUCUGUAUUGUUUUGUUUGCCUGUAAACAUCUGGAAAAGAGAGGUGAAGGGUUAGGCUGUGUGAUACUAAAUGGUAAUUUGAAAGUGGAUUUGUGAGAAGACUUCAAUUUUGUGGGGCACGAGGAACGGCAUCGAUGUGUGUUUUUAUAGGGUAAGGGAGGGUGUUGGGGUGUGUUGCAUUCGCAUAUGAUAAAGGUUGGUUGAAGUGAAAGAUAUACUGUUUUGAUAAAAAGUUGUUUAGGCUAUUCUACAUGUUUGUCUCCCUCGUUUGGAAUUAUGGUUUUACGUCUGGGAACAAAAAUGUGGAUGGCUUCUUUGUGGGAGUGAAAUGCAAACAACAGAAAUAUUAUGGAAAAGGAAAAGUAACACGUGUAAAUUAUAUUUUGGCAGGUGAAAGUAUGAAUUCUUGAAAAAAGUGUUUGGUUAUCUUGACUGAAAAGUUGCUUUAUACCUUUUCUGCAAUAUGUGCAUUAUAUGAAAGCAUUUUAUUUUAUUUUUUUUUAUUGAUUGAAGUUUUCAUAUUAAUAGUUUUCUUUUCAUUUUUUUGUAUAGGUUAGUUUUACUGUUAUUUUGAGAGGUAUUUACUUAUCUGUACAUUAUUUUUAUUAUUUUCAUAAAUAUUUUUGCCAUUUGCCAAGUAGGUUAUCAAAAGUGUAUUACUGAUAUUUUAACCUCUUAAUCCAUGGGAGAAAUGAUACCUCAGCUAUAGCUACUGAUGAAAAACAUUGGAAAGAAUAAAGGAAAGGAUCGCAUGCCAUUCUCCCUGGUGAGAAGGAGAAGUAACUUUGAGAGUUUUGUCAGCUCAUUGAGGCAAAUGAGAAAU